AUAUAUAUAAGAGGAGACAAUGAAUAGACGCAAACCGAUGCAAGUGAGGUGAGUCAAGCAGUUGUGCACGCGCCGCGCUGGGGCUGCCAUUUUCGUGGGGUCUCUCAACGCAUAAACCCCACAACCGCCACCGCUGUGAGAUUUUUUCCGGCGAGGAACGGCGCCGUGCCAAUGGACACUCCCGGAGUUCAGACCAGCAGCACCGCGUCGGGUCGGUCGUCUGUGGUCGGGUCGUUACGUGCGUUCACGCUGUCCGGCGUGCGUGUCGACAAGGAGGAACUGCGGAAGAAGAUUAUGUUUCCUGAGUAUCUUAGGAUGGCCAUGCGAGAGGCGAUUCGGGCCAAGGAUGUCGGUGCGGCCGCCGUGGUCCAGUUGUACGAGAAGAGUCGCUACGGCGGAGCGGAGGCGGUGGAGUCUGCUGAGUGGCCAAUAGUGGUGUUUAUUAACUCCAAGAGCGGUGGGCGCCACGGAGCCAAGCUCAAGUCCCGACUGCAGGAACUAAUGGGCGAAGAACAGGUUUUUGACCUUUUAGUAGUGAAGCCUCAUGAAUUUGUUCAGUAUGGAUUAACUUGCCUGGAGAAUUUUGCUAGUUUUGGGGACAACUGUGCAAAAAUGACCCGUGAAAAGCUUAGGAUUGUGGUGGCUGGAGGUGACGGUACUGUUGGUUGGGUCCUUGGUUGCCUUGAGGAGCUUAAUAAGCAGGACAGACUGCCUAUUCCACCCACUGGAAUUAUUCCACUUGGAACAGGAAAUGACUUAUCAAGGAGUUUUGGUUGGGGAGGCUCAUUCCCUUUUAAUUGGAAAUCAUCUGUUAAAAGAACUCUAGAAAAAAUUGCCUGUGGAUCUAUUGCUCAGCUUGAUAGUUGGCGUGUUCUAAUAUCCAUGCCUGCUGGAGAGGAGUUGGAGGCUCCUUAUUCUUUGAAGAAAACUGAAGAAAGGCCUCUAGAUCAGGAACAUGAAGUUGAAGGGGAGUUUCCUGAGAAAGUUGCUUGCUAUCAAGGAGUAUUCUAUAAUUAUUUCAGCAUAGGAAUGGAUGCCCGAGUUGCAUAUGGUUUCCACCAUUUACGCAAUGAAAAACCAUACCUUGCCCAGGGUCCCAUCUCAAACAAGUUAAUAUAUUCGGGAUUCAGUUGCACACAAGGUUGGUUCUUCACGCCAUGCAGUAGUGAUCCAGGUUUGAGAUCAUUGAAAAACAUCUUGAGAAUUUACCUUAAGAGGGUUAAUUGUUUAAAGUGGGAGCAAGUUCCUGUCCCUUCCAGUGUGAGAUCUAUUGUGGUUCUCAAUCUUCCCAGUUACGGAAGUGGAAGAAAUCCAUGGGGCAAAUUGAAACCAGAUUACCUAGAGAAGAGAGGGUUUGUUGAUGCGCAUGCUGAUGACGGUUUGGUGGAAAUCUUUGGCUUGAAACAAGGGUGGCACGCUUCAAUGGUUAUGGUUGAACUGAUAUCUGCAAAACAUAUAGCCCAGGCCUCUGCAAUCCGGUUUGAGCUCAGAGGAGGAGAGUGGAAAGAUGCGUUUAUGCAAAUGGAUGGUGAACCGUGGAAACAACCUAUGAGCAACGACUUCUCGACAUUUGUGGAAAUUAAGAGAGUGCUGAAUCAGUCAGCUAUGAUCAGAGCCAGUUGAGGAAAACAGGUAUUUGUAUUUGUAUUUGUGUAAAGUAUGCACAAAAUCUACUUCAAUAUUUGUAUAUUGAGUGUCUUUUGAUGGUACAAUAAACCCGGACAAUUGUCAAAUUUCAUACAUCUUAUGCUUACUUAGCUCUUUGUAUCA